CAGAGGAAUCAGAGGAGUGUGUUGUGUGCUUGCUGAUGCUGCUACCAAGCACGGCCUCAUCCCAUCAGACAGCCAUGCUCCUUCAGAGAGGCCUCAACCUCCAGGUCACAGCAGGGGGACCAAGCACAGCGAGCGCAGCAAUGCCAGGCAGAUAAUGUGCCCUACUUUUAAUAGAACCGGCAAGCAAAGGCAAGGAUGGCAAAGAGAGAUUACUUGGUGGAGGCAGCCAAGCAGAUCCACAUGGGUCUGGACAGCGAGGUCAACGAGGACUAUGAGGCUGCUUUCAGUUAUUACAAGAAUGGCGUGGAUUUACUGCUGAACGGGGUGCAGUUGGAUCCAAACAAGGAGCGUCGGGAGGCUGUGAAAAGGAAAACAACGCAGUAUUUAAAGAGAGCAGAAGAAAUCUUCAUCACACACCUGCAGGACAACCUGGGGAAGGGGAGUUCUCAUUUAGGGGGCUACAGCAGUCUGAGAUUCCGCCCAGUAAGACAUUUAAGUUCUCCUGUAGAAGAUCUGGAGAUGUGUAAGGUGGUGGGAGUCAGUGAUAAGGUCCUAGUGGUCCAAAGUAUGGUGAAUAAAGAGACUUUUGUUGUAAAGAGUCUGAUGAAGUCCAGCUGGGAGAGCAGAGAGCAGCCAACCAUCAUCCCUCAAGGAGUUCCCUACAUGGUAAAGCUGCUCAGGUAUUACGUCAGUGAGGACACCGUUUACCUCCAUCUGGAACAUGUCAAAGGUGGAAGGCUCUUCUCCAAACUGCACACGCUGAGGAAGGAGAGAGCAAAGGAACAACCAGAAUGCAUCUCUCCCUGUCAGAAUAACAUCAAGAUGAAGAGCAGCUACACUUCACCUGCAAUCUGCACAAACUACCAGUGCACCGUCAGUGUGGAAAGCGCUUCUCAGAAGCUGAGCGACGAGAGCCCGGACGUGGACGAGCCAAGGACCUGGGAUGAGACUCAGCGGCGUCUGGAGAGCUGCGGCACACACUCCUACAUCGAGGAGACGGGCUGCCUGCAGAACUCCCGCUCUGCAGCAUCAUUUUACAACAAGCUGGAGCGUGGGACUCUGCUCUCUGGUCCGGCCAGAGCACAGGUCAGCGCCAGCAUUCAUCCGCCAGCUCCGACUUUGUGUUUGCACUCCUCUCAAACUCAGGACAAGCUCGCUCUUCCUCUGUCCUGUGUGCGCAUCAGCCAAGCUCUGGACACCAUGUCAGAACAGCAGGACAGUAAAGCUGGAGUUGGACUAUUAAAAUGCAGCUCGGAUUUUGAAGUGGCUUGGAAAGCUGCUGAUCCAGCACUGGGAGGCGAGCAAGCCAGCCAAUAUGCAGUCACAGACAACCAACCUCGUUCUAGUCAGAACUCGUUUAGAAAAAUUGAACCUCCAAACAGUAAAAGUCACACGUUGAGCUCCUCUCCCGCCAUUUUGCAUCUCCCCCUUCAUUGCCAAACGCAAAUCCACGGAAUGGCAUCGUGGGAUACCACCGCCUAUUACCAAGCAGCGGACCAGGUGACAUACUUGGAUAAAAAGCCAGCCCGCAGCAGUCCCACCUUGGAGGAUAAAAAUGGAGUGGUGGUCCUGAGUAGCACAGACCAAGCAGUGUUCUCAGACCACAGGGACCCACGGACCACCUCAGGAAGCUCCUGGCCUUUCUCUGCUAGGAAACAAACAGAGAUGAAGCCCAGAGGAGAAACAGGGCCAGGUGACGUGAGAGAAGGUAUAGAGGAAGCCUGUGAGAUGAUCAGCCCAGGACAGGUGGUCCCUGCACCGUCAGAGGGGUCUUUUUCCAGCUGGUACUCCCCUCGCCUCCUUGGUGCCCAAAAGAGAACAGAGCAGUCACCAGUCAGCACUGAGGAACAAGGAGACGACCAAAUCAUUGAGGUGGACGGAUGGUGCCACCUCCCUCGGAUCAAAUCCUCAGAUAAGUCGAAUCACUGUGCCUGCUGGGGGCUCCCUGAAUCGGAGGUGCGCGUGUGGGGGGCUCAGAUCCUGCUGGCCCUGGAGAGUCUUCAUCAGCAGGGCAUCGUAUGUCGGGACCUCAGCCCCAGAAACGUGCUGCUCACCAGCAAUGGGAAGGUGUGUUUGACUUUCUUUGGGCAGUGGAGUGAGGUUCAGUCAGAGAUCAACUCCAACGCCAUGGAGCAGAUGUACUGCGCCCCAGAGAUCGGUGGCGUGCUGAGAGUCACGGAAGCUUGUGAUUGGUGGAGUCUUGGAGCUUUGCUGUUCGAACUCCUCACAGGAAUGCCCCUCUGGCAGCUCCACCCAGCAGGAAUUAACUCCCACACACAGCUGCUCAUCCCGGACCACCUGAGCACUGCAUCUGCAUCCCUACUGACCGAGUUACUUCAGUUUGACGCUGGGUAUCGCCUGGGGUGUGGAGGUGGAGGUGUGAGCGACAUCAAGUGUCAUCCGUUCUUCAGUAGCAUCUCCUGGAAAGCCCUGAGCUGCUGACUGCUUCACUCGAGGCCUCCGUGAAGACCAGCAUGCUCACACGUCCACAUGUCGGGUGCAGCCUGAGAGCUUGGUGACUUUGAAAGUGUAUGCUUCCCAAAGAAAAUAACAUCACAGUAAGUGAUGAAAAAAACAAUCAUAUCCAAUCAACCAACAACAUAAACCUAAUAAGUUAUUUAUUAGAGCAUAUCAGAAUAUUAUUUUUGAUGGCUGCUUUUAUGUCCAUGCUAGUGUACUAUUGUACUAUCAACACCGUAUGGAAAGAUUCCUUGGACCAGUCCUUCUCAAAAUAGUGGGGGAGUACUGGGGGGCUAGCACUUGGCUUCACCUUAACCACAGUGGGAGACAAGGAAAGACUGGUAUGUUUAUUGUAAUGUUAAUAAGUUAUGCAAUGUUAUGCACAGGUAUGGUUAGAACAAUUUGAAAGACACAUGUUACUAUUUAUAGUCACAGUGACUUUCUUCUUCCAAGGGGGCACGUAACAGAAAAAUCAUUGAGAAGCAUUUCCUUGGACUAACUUUCCUUUCACAGCACUUCAGGCAAUAAAUGAGAUGAUGUAAUUGUCACAAUUUCUUAAACACAUUCAGUGAAGAGAUCAUUGCCUGCAAAACAAACAUGACCAGAAACAUAUUUUGGUAGGGUUGUUGCUUUUUUUUUUACUAAAUCAAAUAAACCAAGUGGCACAGAGGAAAAAUAACACUAUAUGCACAAAUGUUAGUACCCAUUCACAGUGUGUAAAAACAGUUUUGCAUUAACAUGUUCAUUAAAUAAAGUGCAAAUUUGCCAUUGGAUGUUUUUGCAUUGUUUUACUGAGAUAAGACACCAAAUUCCAGUAAUGUUGAUUUUAUUGUUUAAAACAUGUUCUUAAAUAGCAUAGUAUAAUGACAAUUUUCCACAUUACCACAAUUCUCCAAGUGUUCUUAGCUUUGGAAAUAUUCAUUGUUUCUUGGUUUCAAUACAUCUUACUGUUCUCACCCAAAAUGAACCAAUGGAGUUGAAUCUAAUGGCCAUCCCACAGAAAGAUGUACAUAGUCUGUAGAAAAUUACAUAUGGUGCACAUAAAUGUUUGAAUAUACUAUUUGAUCUCAAAGAGUAGACCUUAAAAAAGCAUCAGAGUGUGCUUUUUUAUUUUUUCUACAUUACCAAACCAUUUUAUCACAGCCAACCUUAUAUUGCACAGCCCCAAC